UCGUAGCGUAACAUAAUCCUUGCUUCUGUGUGAAUGUCAUUUUUCAAGUCACGUUUCUCGAAUUCAAAACAAAAAAAAAUAUUUUCUUUCAAUAUUAAAGUUAAAAAAUGAAUGAAAAAAUUGGAGAAUUAUUUGAUUGGAAUCCUAUGGCUGAGGAUUUCUACGAUGAGAAAUGCAAUAAAUAUGAUGAUAUAAACGAAGGAACUGUGGACGAAAAAAUAAAAAAGGAUCGCGAAAAAAACCAAAUGCAAUACCCUUAUUUAAUUAUACGAAAAGAUACGCAGCUUAUAACGGAUACGUUGUUGAGGAAUUUCUUUGGUAAUGGAUUAAUUUACGACAUCGAAUUUAAGUUUAGAUCGCGACAAUAUUUCGUUUAUUUAAAUAGCCUGUGUUCGCUUGAGGCAGCUAUAACUAAAAUUCGUCAAUUUCCGAAUAUCAUAAAUGUGCAGCAGGGUCGAUCAAUUCCCAUACCAUGCGAUCCAACUGAUCUUGAUGCAGAGGAAAAUAAGGAAAACGAGGCUGCUGUAUCCAUUGCAACCCCACCUACAGAUGACUCAAGUCCUAUAAAUAUAGGUUCCCGCACUAUUCAAGUGUCGCCAACGAAUAACAAACAUCCCGAAUUCUUCAAGAUUCCUAUAGUUGUCAAAUCCGACUACACGGCCAAAAACUCUUUGCUGGCUCUCAAUGAUCCGAGCUCACGUUAUCUAAAUGUUAGAUACGAAUUUGUGCUGGAACGUCAUGGAGCUUACGUGUUGCAAAAGGCAAUAGAGAACAAUCAGGCUAUGCUCCACUUGCGCUCGGGGCGAAGAAUUGUCAUCCCUAAUAAACAAUUGUUGGAAACGCCAUCAGAUGGGAAGAUAAAACUUGAGGAGCUGUUCAAAAAAUGCUUGGCUUGCAAGUGCUACACCGACAACAGUUGUCGUUUCUGUCAGAUGCCAUUCUGUAAUCCCACUUGCUUCGAGGCGCUGCUUUCCCAACAUAAUCAGAGUUGUGAGACGGGCAAGCCACCGCUAAUUGAUGACACAAUUGUCUCGCAGUUUAACAAGAUAAAGCUCCCAGCAACUGGUACCAGCGUGAAGAUUACAGCAUUUGAGCAGACGGAUGUGAUCUAUGUGCGAUCAGCGGAUAUAAACGCUGAUGUGGCAUACCACAAAGUGCUCGCCGAUAUCUGGACUAAUGGCAAAUCUUUGCCACAGUUGCAGAAAUUGCCACAAUGCGGACAGAUUGUCAUUUAUAAAUUUGAGACAGACAUUGUCAGAGCCAUGGUGCUGAAUGUGGACAAUGCUAAGGCCAUCUAUGUGGUCUGUGUUGACUUUGGCAGUGUGGAGAUCACAACGCUGGACAAGCUUUAUGAAUGCAGUGCUUAUUUGGCGGCUUUGCCUCGAUAUGCUGUGCCCGUCAUAUUGCGCGGAGUGCCUAACCGUUGCUUCCCUCCCAAUCUGCUUGAAAUGUUGUAUGAAGUGGACCACAACAACACAUUUGUGAUGAAGUACGCAAAGAGUGAUUAUGAUGAGGCGAAAGGCAUGCAACGUGUGAUUCUAAUUGAGAGCGAAUUAAAUCGCAGUUUGAAUCGCUUGAUUAAAACUAUUUUAACGCCAGUGGAGCCUUCUCUUUCAGAAGCGAGUUUUAAAGAGGAUUAUUUGCGGCACGUUCAUUUGCCCACUGGCAAAAACUUGGAUGUGGUUGUAAUGGACAACAGCUUUCUAAAAUUUGGCAUGGUUCACUGCACCACCUUGGACUUUGCCUACGAGAUUUCGCAAAUUCAACGUGAGAUACAGCACUAUGGAGAAGCAUCCACAACCGAUUCGUAUGCUCCACCGAAAAAUGAAUUGUGCAUUGCGCAGUAUCAAGGCAAGUGGUGCCGUGGACUCUGCAUGGAGUUGGUGGGCGAUGGUUAUCCUAGCAUCUUAUUUAUAGAUUACGGCAAUAUUGUGCCAAUAUAUGUUGAGAAAAUUCGCCCAUAUCCGCCACAAUUUACAUUCCCUAUAAUGACCACCGAAUACGAUUUAAAUGGGCAACCGGAACCAAGUGUUGAACUAUUAGCCCGUAUGGAGAAACUCCUAGUACCUGGCUCAAUUAUCAAUUGUGACGAGAUUAUUUACAACAAGGACGAGAAUAAUUACUCAUUGCGCAUUGAGUCCUUGAUGGAGUAACAUUCCAAAGUAUGUCUAAAACAUCUUAACCAAAUGGCUUAACUAAAUAUAUAAAAUA